CUCUAGCUCUGCCCAUAACUAUGCAAUGAAGCAAGUCAACGAUACGUCUUAUGUCUACAAUGCCAAGUUCAAGCAAAACUUGGACGAUGGUGACAGCUCCCCGUACGCGGAACUCGUUGCCCAACUCGAACAUCCAUUGAAGCAGCUCCUGCUGUAUUUCGCGGCCUUCCCGCACGACUCAGUCAUCAAGAAGAGAGUCCUCAAGAAUUGGUGGAUUGCAGAUGCAGAAGCUCUGUCCGAACUUCCUGUUGAUGAAGCAGAGAAUAAAGCGGAUCGAGCACUUGAGGAACUGGUGCUGAGGGGUCUAAUCAAAACCGAGAGGAAGCAGCGCAGGCUGGUCGGGUACAGGAUGCCCCAUCCUUUGAUUCACCUGUCAGUAGUUGAGCUCGCGAAGAAAGAGAAGUUCUUUGCUUUUGAUUCCAAUGGAAAUCCUACGGUGGAGUUGAAGUUGCAGAGGGGGUGCUUGGUGAAGGCUAGAGGAGGGUCUUCUCUGAAUAUUCUCUAUGACAACUAUCAAAGUCCAGACCUUGAGUUACUUCUGUCGGUGUUCAAUAUAAAUGAGCCAUAUCCCGAUUUCAGACCGCAGCAGUUCUCUAAGGCGAAGGGCAUCGGAGUUCUUAGUCUCGGAAAGUGGCAGAGCAGCCACGACUGCCACAUUGAAGUAGAGAGCACUGAGUUUUUGAAAGCCACAAAGAGCUUGAAGAAUUUGAGGUUCUUCAGUCUCCGGGGCGUUUCGAGAGUUUUUGAGCUCCCUGAUGCUCUCUGCAAACUCAUCUCUUUGACUAUAUUGGACAUAAAUGCCUGCCACAACCUCGACAUGCUGCCCGAGGAGAUAAGCUCGCUCAAGAGUCUGGUUUACUUGGAUAUCUCAGGGUGUUACUUGCUGGAAACAAUGCCCAAGGGAUUGGCCUCUCUCACAGAACUCCGGGUACUCAAAGGGUUCUUAAUUAUCGACACCGCAUAUGGAUUAUCUUCUUGCGACUUCAAGGACUUGGCAGGAUUGAAGAAAUUGAAUAAGCUGAGUGUCAGUGCUAACAGCAGUCAUUUUCCUGGAGAAGAUGACCUCAAUACUUUCCGAAAGUUUCCACUGCUUCAAAAGUUGACAAUUUCAUGGAGAGGCAAAUCUACAUCGAGGAAGCCAGAAGGCCAAGCUGUUCAAGCCAACAGUAUGUCCGACCCAGAGUCGCGAAUCCAAUCCCAGGAAGCUAAGAGUUCCUCAAACCCAAACUCAGAAUUACAAUCCGAGGAUGCUAGUACUCUGUCGAACACGGGGGGCGCCGCUUCAGGUUAUCUUGAGAACAGAGCUGCCGAACGAAGAAACAUAGGUGACAAUGAUCCAGUUGAUAACAAGGAUAUUCACAAGGAAACAAUCAGUGCAGCAGGACCAAAACCAAAGGGAGUCAGACAUCAAGAUACCACGGCAGAUGUUGCAGAAAAAGAAACAGAUCCAAGGAGGACAGAAGGGACUGGUAAUACUGGAGAAAUAGUUGCCGAAACUGAGCCUGCCGCAGAAGGUGCAGUCAAUGCUGGAAAUACAUUCGAGAGAAAGGACAGUGCUGCAAAACCAGAGACAGCAAUAGAAGGAGUUGGUACAGCAGCUGAAGCCAAACAAGGUCAGACAUUGAAGACCACAAAGAAACCAAUAAAAAAAAUUCCUUCGAUGUUCAGGCAGACAAAGAAGAUGCCCGAAGCAGGUACCAAGCCCCAGCGGAUCUUCCCGGAAUUAGAGAAACUGAAUCUCCAGUGUUACCCUGGCGGGACGCCUCCUGAUUGGUUGAUGCCUCAAAAUAUGAAGAAACUGAAAAAGUUAUAUAUCGUAGGAGGUAAGCUCCGAGCUCUCAAUGAUUUUCGGUUCAGAGCCUCAACAGUCGAGAUAUUACGGCUGAAGUUCUUAGAGGAGCUGAAGACAAGUAAUGAGGAUCUGAAAUGUUGCUUUCCUGAGUUGAUCUACUUGGAGAGAGUCCAACAGGGGAUGCUUACUACCUCCAAACGUAAUUGGAAGGGAGAGUUGGUGGAGAGGGAACCAAAAGAAUACGUCAGCGAAAUAGGACCCGCCAAUUAAUACGAAGAUUGGUUUCAGUGAGGAGCAAGGAGGCAUUAUUCACAUCCUGUUGUCAACUCUUUUCUGCUUCAGGUAUUUCGCGUUCAAAUAACGUUUUUCGGAUUGUAUGCAAUGACGGAUUGAUAUUGGCCAUGUUGGAGGGGACAUGUUGAAUUAGGUUAUUACAAGUGGGCAUCGGAGUGAGGAUCAUGUCUGAAACUAGAGAAGACUUCCCUUGUAAUUUAAUUUUUUCGGGUGUUGUUCAUGCUUUUUCAGGGAGCGGUGCCAUACCUGUGUAAUGGAAUGAUAUGA